CCUGUCACCUCCUACCAUGCUACUCUUGCGACAGUGCGCGAGACAAUCGGCCAUAGCCCGCAGACCAUGCUGGCCAUGGCAUAUAUCUCAUUCCUACAACACUAGUACGAUGCGAAAGACAACCCAACUAGCCGACAAACUACCAGUGAAAUUGAAUCGACAGCAAGACUCCUUCGAACCGAAUGCCAUUAAAGCAGACGUACAACCCAUAGAUCUUAUUCAAACAGGCAAAGACAGCGAUAUUGUCCAAGUGCCAGGCAGUACUUAUGGUGGUCAAUUCACUUUGAAUUGGGCCGAACGACCGCGCAAUAUUCUCAUUGUAAAGAAGCCCAAUGAUGUCAAGACGGAAAAGGCAUUGGUGGAUAUCGCAAGUUGGCUGCACCAAAAGCAUCCAGUCAAUAUCAUUGUCGAAUCUGAAGUGGCCGAGCAAUUCCAUCAAGAACUUCCCUUUGCAUAUGUGAUUCCCAAAGGUCAGAAACAGGAGUACACCAGAACAGUGGAUUUUGCUAUUACUUUGGGCGGCGAUGGGACCAUGCUUCACUUGUCGUCCCUGUUUCCUAAAGCGGCCCCACCCGUCAUUUGCUUUUCUCUGGGAACGUUGGGUUUUCUCAUGACCUAUGAUUAUAAGAAUUACAAGCUGUUACUGGAUGAUAUGAUGGCUUGUAAAGUAUCGGUUAUGCUUCGUAUGCGACUUUUUUGCUCACUGCAUCAACCGGAUGGUCGAAGGAUCACCGUGGAUGGUAAGGAAGUUGGUGACCGACAGGUGAUGAACGAAGUAUCGCUCCAUCGUGGUCGUUAUCCACACUUGACGACCAUUGAUUGCCUUAUUGAUAAUCAGUAUCUUACUGAAUGUGUGGCGGACGGACUCAUUGUAUCCACGCCCACUGGAUCUACCGCCUACUCGUUAUCAGCAGGCGGACCUAUUGUCCAUCCCAGCGUACAAAGUCUUGUGCUGACGCCGAUUUGUCCUCGAUCACUAUCAUUCCGAACGGUGUUGCUUCCACCCAGUGCCAACGUACAGCUCAAGAUUGGGCAGGCCAGUCGAAGCGAAAUCGAGGUCUCUAUGGACGGACAGGAAAUCUUUAUGCUGGAUAGAGGCGAAUAUCUGCAGGUCCGGAUGUCAAAAUACCCUAUCCCCUGUGUGAGUCAAGUCAAUGGAGGCACAAGCUGGGCCAAGGAUAUCAAUGAACUGCUCAAAUGGAACCAAAACUUUGGACGCAAUCUCGUGUAAACAACAACAGUAACAACAUCAUCAUAUCACUGACACUUCAUAACGAAUCAAAUAUUGUAUUGUUACAAUGGCAUUUUUAUUGAUCAUGAAAAGCUAUAGGAAUUGUAAAAAGGAAAGGGCAUCAAGUAUAAAAUAGAAGGAAUCCAUAAAAAAAAAGAUUCU